GAACCGACCCUGGGAAGAACGGACCUCCCGAGGAACCGUGGCAUUAUCGCAUACAGCAGUUGACUUGGACCAUGUGGAGUUCACGUCGCCCUGUGUGCGCGCUGUCGGCAUGCAACGAGGCCGUGUACCAGGACCCCGUAACCGGCCAGGAACACGACUUCUGCGGAAGGACUCACGCCACUUUGUUCAAACAGCAGCAGCAGCAGCUCCAGCACCAGAAGGCGGCGACCUUCAGGCCGGACCGAUAUAAGCUGGUACCCACGGCCGUCCUUCGAUCGGGCGCCGUGAGGAACAAGCACAAAAGCAACCCCAGGCCAAGCGGAUCGCACACCUCUGCUGGGUAUAACCAUGGUCACCCGACCGCUGCUGCUGCCAAUGGAGUAGUAGUAGUAGCGUUGCCACCUUCUGCGCAACAGACGCUUCCCAUCACCCACCACACCCCGAAAGUGCCGCAAGCAUUGAGGGUAACGGAUACGAUGGUGUUGUUCUGGAACCCGCCGUGUGUGUUCACGCAGUGGGAACCGGCCCUCUUUGAAGUUGAUGGGGUCAAAUACUGCAGCGCGGAGCAAUACAUGAUGGCAUGCAAGGCCAACGUUUUCGGCGAUACCGACAUUUGGAACAAAAUCAUGAGCACGAGCGACCCUGCACAACAGAAACGGCUGGGGAAAGAGGUCGCCAAUUAUGAUCACGGCAUUUGGAACCUGUGCAAGGUUCAGUUUGUGCUCACGGGAAACUACAGCAAGUUCACACAGAAUCCCGGCAUGUGCGACCAACUUCUUGCAACGGGAGACAAGAUGCUAGCGGAAGCUAGUCAGCAUGACAAGGUAUGGGGGAUCGGCAUGGACGCAUUUGAUCCCAACGUGGAACGUCACGAGUGCUGGCGUGGCCAAAACCUGCUGGGGAAGAUUCUCAUGUAUGUGCGCAACAAGAUCAGGUGGGAGCGCCCUGACCUCGCCAGCCGGCGCCAGGUGCAGGAGGCUGCUGCCGCUAUGGAAGCGGAACAUCGCCUUAUCCCUUCAAACGGCCGUUUCGUAUCGGCGGCUGGACCGGCCAUGACAGCGGAUUCCCUGGGUGCAUUAAACAUGACGGCGUUACAGACCCAGCUGCACUGUCCCGACAUGGGAUUGCGUGCGCCUGUGACCGCACCCCCCACUCUCGGAGAACCCGCACCCGAGGUAUUCAUCGCUGUUGCAGCGGUACAGCAAAACAAAGCCGACACGGACGCGAAGACGCCGAGCAAGAAUUGACACGCCCUUGAGGCAUCACGCGAUCUCAUGCCCAAAGGCAUUUGGACAGACACCGCCUGGUUAAUGGUUGAGUCAUUUGUCGUAAUAGGACGGCAAGCGAGCACGCCUGCCUGUUGUCAUACGUGCAAUCGGUAGAGCUUCCAUUUGAAAAAGGUAAAAAUUGUAGCUACGUAGGCAGAGCAGGCUUGGAUUUAUCUGCACGAAUACGUGAAUGUAAUCAGGACCUGCACAGCUUCAUUGGUACUUGGUAAUUGACAGGAAGGGGUGACGGCUCUGGAGGUACAACCAAAGAGGCUGUGCGGUGUACACCAAUGAGAUAUUUCUUUGGGUUAAGGAAACCAUCAAUCACCGGGCAUUCGCAGCGCCGUCUCCUCGGAUUCUAAGAAUUUUGAGACCUGUGCGCAAGCGUUGCUUAUCCGCGGCAUAAAACUUUCCAAAGCCAAGAGUCCAGAUACUUGAUGAUGCGGGAACUCGAUGUAUGUCCGGAAAAAAAUGUACUAGCUGGGGGUAGCCCUUUUCAAGCUGUUGCACAUUUUACGAUAUAGAAGUCAGUAUACAUUGUUGGAUAAUAAUAUAGACUGUCAGGGGUUGGUUCAAACGUGACACUCCUGACGGCGUCCUGAGCGUAGUACUUAGAUAAGUCGCCGGAACUCAGGAAGCGGAUGUGUGUGUGGAUAUCGAAAUGCAACGUCAAAGAAGGGCUACCCAACUAAGACCGGCGGUGUGGGGCGCAACAGAACAACUCGCAGAUAUAUAUGCAGCGUAAAUAGCGCCAAGUUAUUAUGGUGAUCGCCUUCGCCUUUAUUUCCAGCACCGCGGUCUCAACUUGAGCCUGGACGGGACCGAUUGUCUGCACGUAGCAUGUAGUACCUCGUCGAUUGCGGAGGCGUCUGGGCUGUGCGACGGCUUGCGGCGUAAUAACUCGUUGACUACCGAGUUGCCUUGGUUGUGCGAUGGUCUUGCAGCGCGGCCCUAUGCUGUGGCAACGCAAUAUUCGUUGUGCUCCAGGUUCAUGCCAAGUGUGUGUGUUUUUUUACUAGCAUCGACCACGCUGCUAAACGGUGACCAAUGAAAAGAUGUACGUCU